AUGGCUUCAUCUCCACUGUUCCAGGCCUUGCGUGUGGCGUACAAUGAUGAUUCUCCAGAGGGCUACUGGGGAGAAAAAACCUCAACUCUGAAUUUUUGCGAAGAGGACUAUGUAGUUUCUUAUUACUGUGCUGAAGUUUGCAAUACCUUGACCAACCUCUUGUUCCUGUGGCUUGGCUUCAAAGGCGUACAUAAUUGCGUAUCUCAGGGCCACCCACGCAUUUUCCUAGUCGCAUAUCUCGGAUACGUUAUCGUUGGACUGGGCUCUACGGCCUUCCACACAUCCUUGAAGUGUUCGUCCUCACUCCUCGCUCAGGACAUCUUCUGCUAUCUGCACGCGGAGUACUGGACUGACAAAAUUACUUGGCUAGACCCUAUGCAGCUUAUCGACGAGCUAUCCAUGAUAUACACCACGUGUCUCAUGGUCUUUGCAACAUUUUCAUUCUCCAAGUCUAGCAGAUUUUCGGUCUUGUUGGGCGGCGGUCUCGUCCUCUUGGCUGGUCUUAUCACGUCCUACUACCACAUCACCAAAGAUCCGGCUUUCCACCAGGCCUGCUAUGCAGCGUUGACAGCAACGGUUGUUUUACGCAGCUUGUAUGUCAUGGAGACGCAGCUGCGGCCAGUUCUGGCACGAAGGAACAAGGACAAGGCCGAUCUCAUUCUCAAAACCAUGUGGAUCAUGGUUGGAACAGGUCUCUUGGAACGGCCCCAAACCAUACACGUUCUUACUACUACAUUACAUGGGGCAUAUGGCUACGCAGAUGUCUCGAGGGCCGCGAAGAUGAUGCCAGGGGCAUCGAUACAACGUGGCCCGCCAGGAACCGUCUCAUUGUUACAUCAAGUCAACAUGUCUAUCCCGAACCAAGCGCUUGAAAAGCUGAUCCGAGAAAUCGAAAGCCAAGCAAUCGUGGCCCAGCAGCAGAUUGGCCAGGCACGCACACAGAUGACGGCAAAGCAACGAGAAAUGCGCAUGGUCCGUCUGACGCUUGAUGAGGUUUCCACCUUGCCCUCAAACUUGAACGUCUACGAAGGUGUCGGCAAGAUGUUCGUCGCGUUACCCACCCCGCAGCUUACACAAAAGCUGGAGGGUCAAAUCAAGGAUAGGGAGGGCGAGGUUGAGAAGCUGAGCCAGAAGCUGCACUACCUGGAGACAACGUACAAGAACAGCCGGCAGCACAUUGACCAGAUGCUCAAGGCGCAGUCAUGA